AUAUAUAACAGAAUCAAAUUUAUCUCAUAUUUUAACGAGACAGAACUUUGUAUGGCAACAUUUUAUAAACCAAAAGACGGUGAUUGGACUCUUCUCUUUAGAGAGAACUGUAUAGUGGAGAAAUAUAACAAUAGCCAUGGUGUAGCAGUCCAAAGAUUAAACUUUCAUAGCGAUAAAUUGGAUUACUAUUGAGGAGAUAUAUAGGAUAUUUUUUCAGUAUACCAGUUCAGUACGCUUAAUUCGAUGCAUAGGAUAAAUUUAGAAACUAUACAAUAUCUAUCACCUAUAAUAUAUACAUUUGUUUGUUUUAUUUAACACUUUUCUACUAUUAACCAUUAUUAUAUGAGCAAAUGAGAAUCUACAUUUUAGCUAUAUUAGUUGCCUUUGCAGCAUUGAUCAACGGUUUAAAUACAGAUGAAUAUGAUACAGAUGGAGAUGAUUCAGAUGAAUAUGACACAUAUGGAUAUGAUACACAAAACAUUUAUGAUAGAAUCAAAAGUGGUUCAAGUUUAAAGGAGCCAAUAUUUUGUAUUGUUACUUUUUAUAGACCAAAAAAUGGUAAUUGGACAGUUCAGUUUAAUGAUAAAUGUGAUAUAGAGUACUUUGAAGAAGGCUAUGGUUCAUCAGUUAAACAAGUAAACGUCUAUGACGAGAAAUUGAAUUACUAUAGAGAAAAUGUACAAUGAAUAUUACUCUUAAUAUAAUACAAUUAAAUAAUUCUAUGUGGUUAUAUUUUAGUAUUAUGGUUUAGAUUUAUGUUUUAAUAGAUUCUUUAUUUAAUUAUUAUUAAUUUCUAUUUACCUAUUGAAGAUUUUCAGUGUAAUUCCAUUUCGUUACUCUACAGAUAAUGUCAUUAAAUAUGUAGUAUAUCAGAGUUUGAUAAGCUUAGAGUUACGUUUAUUGGGACAUUAUU